AUGAGAGAUUCACUUUGUCCAGUUUAUGAUGCGGAAUAUAUGACAGAACCUGAUACUUACGUUGAUGACAAUAAUGGAUUAUUUUUUAAUUUUUCGAUAAUAAAAACGGUCCCAUCAACAAUAGAAGGUUAUUUAGCAAUCAUAGGAGCGUCAAUGGGUGAAUAUGUAGUAGACAUCGGAAUCAAUUUAAUAAUGCCCUUCUGUGAAAUGUUGGAUGAACCUCUUUUCAUGAGCCCUCUUCUUCAAAUGUUUGGAUUUAAUAAAGAUAAUUGUCCCCCAAAACCUGGCGUUUAUGGCAGCGAAAGUUACACCGUACCAACAUCCAUGUUUCCAGAAAAUUUUCCUCCAAAUCAAUAUAAAAUAGCCUUCGAAAUUAUGAACGAGGGUAAACAAAUACUGGUUAUCGAUGUAUAUUUUGACAUCCAAUAA